AUGACCUUCUUGUGGCAGCCGCCUAACCUCUUCGAGCUGUGCCCGGCGCACACGAACCUCUCCGCGUGUUCGCCUUUCGGCCUCAUGUACCUACACUUAUUGGUCAAGCUGUUUGGUUCAGCUCCAGACUAUCCGGAGCCGGCCCUCAUGGACGGAGAAACCUACGAUUUCAUCGUGGUGGGAGCUGGGGCUGCAGGAGCAACCAUGACCUUCGUGUGGCAGCCGCCUAAUCUUUUCGAGUUGUGCCCGGCGCACUCGAACCUCAGCGCGUGUUCGCCUUUCGGCCUCAUGUACCUGGACUUGUUGGUCAAGCUGUUUGGUUCAGCGCCGGACUAUCCGAAGCCUGCCCUGGUGGACGGAGAAACUUACGAUUUCAUCGUGGUGGGAGCUGGGGCUGCAGGAUGCGUUGUCGCGAACAGGCUCUCUGCUGUCAAGGAAUUUAAGGUGCUACUCCUAGAAGUUGGUCCCGAGGAGCCCGAUAUAACACAAGUGGUCGGCCUGACCGGGGCGCUGGCGAACUCUAACGUGGACUGGCAGUACAAGACCAUGCCCAGCAACUUGGCAUGUCUGGCCUUCCCAGACCGCCGUUGCAGAUGGCCAAGGGGUAAAGUGAUGGGUGGCUCGAGCUCCAUCAACUGGAUGGUGUACGUCCGAGGGAAUCAGCUGGAUUACGACGGGUGGGCGCGGCGCGGGAACCCGGGCUGGAGUUACCAAGAGGUAUUACCAUUUUUCAAGAAAGCCGAAAACAACUUGAAUAUAGAAGCGCUUGAUCGAAAAUACCACGGCGUCAACGGGCCGCAGCCUGUAUCCCGGUUCCCCUACGUAGACGAUCCCUCCAUCAUGGUCACAGAAGCCUUCAUCGAGAGAGGGGUGCCGCUGAGCGACGUCAACGAUGGCAUUCAGUUCGGAACAGAGCAAAGCCAAGCCACCUCCAAGGAGGGCCAGAAGGCUUCCACCAACUGGGCGUACAUCAGGCCUAUCAGAUUUAAGAGGCGUAACCUAACCAUUAGAACAGAAGCCUAUGUUAUCAGAAUACUUUUUGAUGAAAAUAAGAGAGCUACUGGUGUAAAAUACAUCAAAAACGGUCAGGCAUACACAGCUUAUGCAACUAAAGAAGUCAUAGUCAGCGGUGGAGUUAUUAAUUCUCCUCAACUAUUGAUGCUUUCUGGAAUCGGACCCAGAGAGCAUUUAGAAGAUCUGCGUAUACCAGUGAUUGCCGAUUUACCGGUCGGGGAAAAUCUUCAUGAUCACGUAACUUUCAACGCUCUUGUUGUCGCGUUGCCAAAUAAAACCGCUACCACCGUCAGCCAGCAAACGAUUGUUGAAGAUACAAUUCAAUAUAAGCAGAUGAAAGUGAAAAGAGGUCCAUUGUCAGGCAACGGUCCGACAAACAGUUUAUCUAUGUGGCUGACUAACCCUAACUUGCCGGCUCCAGAUAUGCAAAUGCAACCAAACAAUAUUCUCUGGCAAGAAUACAUAAGAGAACCUGCUGCCGCGAAUGAUGUGACUAUCUUCCCGUCAGCGUUUUAUAAUGGACUCAUGCCCAGGGUUAUGAACAAUGUUCCAAAAAGCAGAGGUAGAUUACUCCUUAACGCGAGUGAUCCUCAUGGUCACCCUUUGAUAUGGUCUGGUUAUUAUAGUGAUCCGGCCGAUUUGGAAUUAUUAAUUAAAGGAGUAAGACAGUGUCUGGAUAUAGAAAACACCAAAGCUUUUAAAUCUAGAGGUGCUUACUUUGUUAGGACUCCUCUGCCGGCGUGCAGGCACUUUACCUGGGGUACAGACGAGUACUUCGAGUGUUUGGCGAGGUCUUAUACGACUAGUGCUUAUCAUCCUGUGGGGACUUGUAAGAUGGGUCCCUCGGACGAUCCUACGGCGGUUAUUGACCCCAGACUUAGGGUGUAUGGGGUGUCGCGGUUGCGAGUGAUUGACGCGUCUAUUAUGCCACAAGUAGUUCGGGGUAACACGAAUGCUGCGUCAAUUAUGAUUGGAGAGCGAGGAGUGGCUUUCGUGUUGGAAGAAUGGCCGCCUAACUUGUACGAGUUGUGCCCGGCGUACACGAAUCUCACCGCGUGUACCCCUUUUGCGUUGAUGUACCUCGACCUGUUGGUGAAGUUGUUUGGUUCAGCACCGGACCAUGCACCUGCCCCAAAUGAUGGAGAAACCUACGAUUUUAUCGUGGUAGGAGCUGGCGCAGCGGGAUGCGUGGUCGCGAAUAGGCUCAGCGCAAUCAAAGAGUGGAGGGUGCUACUCCUAGAAGCUGGUCCAGAAGAACCUGAUAUAACAUCGGUGCCAGGGCUGUCCACAGCACUGUUGAAUUCCAACAUCGAUUGGCAGUACAAGACCAUGCCCAGCCCCGUCGCCUGCUUGAACGAGACAGAAGAACCUGAUAUCACAUCGGUGCUGGCGCUCUCAACAGUGCUUCUCAACUACAACAUAGCCUGGCAGUACAUGACCAUGCCCAACUCCGUAGCCUGCCUGGCCUCCGAGAACCAACAGUGCAGAUAUGGCCGAGGUUAG